AUGCCUGCAGACUUCAAUGGACAAUGGGUGAUGGUCACCAAUGAGAACUUUGAGGAUAUCAUGAAGGCCAUUGGUAAGCUGUUCUUCUAAUGUCUGUUGGAAAGUAGAGACACGAGAUAGGGGUGGAGAGGAGAGAGGGAAUUGACAGAGAAAGAGUGUGUUGUGUGCGUGUGCGUGUAUAUGUCUAUGUGUGUGUGUGUGCACAAGUGUGUCUGAUAGAGAGGGGGAUGUCAGAGACAAUGCUUGUGUAAAGACUUUAUUUGAGCAUGUUAGUGAGUGAGAUUGUGAGAGGGACAGAGAGAGAGGGAAAGAGAGAGAAAGGAUGAUGUGGUGCUGCUUCAUUUACUUAUUGAGCUUCUGUCAUGGCGACUUAACCUCAACUGUUUGUGUGAAUGGCUCCUGCUUGUUACCACGUCGAACAAAUAUUGAUUUACUCUUUUAAGCAUUUUUAUCCUCCCCAUUCAGGAGAAUAAAAAAUCCCAUCCCGAGCUCUGCCAAGAGGCGUCUGCAUAUCGCUGGCAAGUGAAGGCCCCCAUCCAUCCACUUAGCAUGGCAUUGAUAAACCACAAGUCUUUUAUUAUUCAUGACUUUAUCUCCAAUUCAUAACUCCCUCUGUGUCAUAACUCCCUCUGUGUCAUAACUGCCUCCUUGUCAUAACUCCCUCCCGCUCAACCCAACAAAUCCAAAAAAUCCAAAAUCCGAGGCGUCUCAUUCCGUGCCACUCUAUUAUUUCCAUGAGCGGAUCGAAAAUUACACCCAUAUGGAAACAGAGGGAGGGAGAACAUAUUUGGAUGGGUAAAUAAAAGAGCUUCAUCAAAAAGAGAGAUUGGUAGAAAUUGAAUUUACACUUUGUGGCCAAUGCUAUGUGAAUAUCAAAAUGGAAGAGGCAGUCUCUUUUGCAGGCUCACAGUUUAACUUAUUCAGGCCAUUUUAAAAAGGGUAAAUGAGAUUAUCAACAGAGCUGGUCUGAGUGGAAUAGUAAUUCUAGGACUUGAGUUGCAGUCUCAUAACUGAAGAGGGGGACUGGUGGCUUAUGCACAAGGAAACACAAUAAAAAUAUAUACUAUACAUAACUCACUGCCCAACCAAGGUGAACAGAAUCUAUAUGAAAUUAUAAACUGGGUGGUUCGAGCCCUGAAUGCUGAUUCUCUGAAAGCCGUGCUAUAUCAGAACGUAUACCACGGGUAUGACAAAACAUUACUUUUUACUCUUCCAAUUACGUUGGUAACGUAAUAGCAAUAAGGCACCUCUGGGGUUUGUGAUAUAUGGCCAAUAUACCACAGCUGAGGGCUGUGUCCAGGCGUUGCGUCGUGCAUAAGAACAGCCCUUAGCCGUGGUAUAUUGGCCAUUUACCACACCCCCUCAGGCCUUAUUGCUUAAACAUACUUCAUCCUUAUCCUGUUACAGUAUCCACUGAGUGUCCAAGACAUUAGGAACACCUUCCUAGAACAGCCUCAAUUGGUCGGGGCAUGGACUCUACAAGGUGGCCAAAGCGUUCCACAUGGAUGCUGGCCCAUGUUGACUCCAAUGCUUCCCACAGUUGUGUCAUGUUGGCUGGAUGUCUUUCGGGUGGUAGACCAUUCUGAAAAACCCAGCAGCGGUGCGCCUACUACCAUACCCCGUUCAAAGGCAUUUAAGUAUUUUGUUUUGCCCAUUCACCCUCUGAAUGGCACACAUACACAAUCCAUGUCUCAAGGCUUAAAAACCCUGUUUUAACCUGUCUCCUCCCCUUCAUCUACACUGAUUGAAGUGGAUUUAACAGGUGACAUCAAUAAGGGAUCAUAGCUUUCACCUGGUCAGUCUAUGUCAUGGAAAGAGCAGAACAUCUUUACACGUUGACAUUGUUGUUUCACUGUUUUUCCUCCAGAUAUUGACUUUGCCACCCGUAAGAUCGCCGCCCACCUGACCCAGACUAAGGUGAUCGUCCAGAACGGAGACAAGUUUGAGACCAAGACGUUGAGCACCUUCAGGAACUACGAGGUCAACUUCACGAUCGGGGAGGAGUUUGAGGAGGUCACUAAGGGACUGGACAACAGGACGAUCCAGGUAGGACCACAACCACUAUGACCACGUCAGAGAGACACUCUGUCACUGCACUCUGUCCUAACUGGUUCCAAACCCUAACCUUUACCCUCUCCAUCAUGUUCUCUCCUUUUAGUCUAUUCCACCAUUUUUUAUUUACAUUUUUUAUUGGUUUUCGUCUCCUGCUUUCCCUUGACUCUCAGUUUGUUAAUGCAUUCAGUAUGGUCACAUAGCCCUCACACACAUAGCCCACAAUCCAAGCAUCUUAAAAAGUUUGGUUCAGUCUUGUUGACCCUGGAUUUAUGGAAACAUACACACAUCUUCAGCCUGGACUCAGGGUUACAUUUACAUUUUACAAUUUAGUAAUUUAGCAGACGCUCUUAUCCAGAGCGACUUACAGUUAGUGAGUGCAUACAUUUUUCAUACUGGCCCCCCCCACAACCCUGGCGUUGCAAGCGCCAUGUUCUACCAACUGAGCUACAGGAGGUUAGACGUAACAUAGUAAAUGAAAAUCUGGGACACUCAAAUUAGUGUGAUAUGUUACAUUUGGCAUGGUAUGUAUUAAUUUGCAUCAUCCACCUCGUAUGAUAUGUUACGAAUUACAAUUAGAACACACAGCCUUUGGGUUGCGAGACGUUCACGUCAUUCAUCCCGACCAACUACCCUCCUUUCGUUUUUGCCUUAAACAACCUUCUGUCUUAUGCAACCAUACCAAAAGUCAAAUAUAGUAAUUUGAGUGACCCGGAUUUUCGUUUACUAUGUUACGUCUAUGAUACCAGCCUGAUAUCUUAGAUGUGGGACAUUUGGGUAAAUGUGUGUCUACGGUAAGCUGACUGUGUGUGUUCUUCAGACACUGGUUACCUGGGAUGGAGACAAGUUGGUGGCUGUGCAGACGGGAGAGAAGGCCAAUCGUGGCUGGAAGCAAUGGAUAGAAGGAGACCUGCUACACCUGGUGAGAGAGAAAGAUGGGGGGAGGGGGUUAGAGACAGAAAAGAGAGUGAGAGAAAUGUCCUAGACUUCAACUUGAACAUACAUAUACAUAUUCUUCAUACCUAAGACAACAGAAGCGCUAUACAUUUAGUACAUUUCUGAGGAGAGAGAUAAAGAGACAAACAGCUAUCAAUCCUUCAGCUUUUAUACAUAUCCUCAUUCAGACUUACACUCUGGACUUUUUAAUUAUAUUAAAGUGAGAAGGUGUACUUCUGUAUGUCAAUCAGUACAGUGGAAGUGGAAGUUAUAAAGUCAAUCUUGAUUUCCAACUCUGAGAAAGAGAAGUGAAAAUAUAAUCCCUUUAGGGCUUCAUGCCAAAUGGCACCCUAUGCCCUCUAUAGUGCCCUACUUUUGACCAGAAGUGCACUAUAUAGGGCACAUGUGUCAAACCUAUUCUAUUAAGGGCCGAGUGUCUGCAGGUUUUCGCUCCACCCUUGUACUUGAUUGAUGAAUUAAGGUCACUAAUUAGUAAGGAACUCCCCUCACCUGGUUGUCUAGGUCUUAAUUGAAAGGAAAAACCAACAACCCGCAGGCACUCGGCCCUCCGUGGAAUGAGUUUGACACCCCUGAUAGAGGGAAUAGGGUGCCAAUUCGGAUACAGACCAGAUGUUAUUUGAUUGUCUCAUUGUCUUUCUAUCCGUCUCUUCUUCUUUCAGGAGAUCCACGUUGAAGACAAAGUCUGCAAACAAGUAUUCAAGAAGAAACCCUAA